UCUGAGGCGAGCGUUACUACUGAACUCUAGUAGGUUUGGUAGAACCCAAAAUCAAAAGAGGAAAAAAAAAAUCAUAAAAAAUAAAAAAGUUGAUUUGAUUGAUCGAUUCCUUCCUCUUCCUUCUUCACUCUCUUUUUGGCGAUCAUCUCUUGUUUAUCCUAAUCAGUGUUUCUUUUGGACAAACAGUCGUAUUAGUGUGGGUUUUUAUAUAACAUAUAUAUACAUACAUAUAUAUAUAUAUAUAUUGACAUGUUCAUGUCUAAAAUAGAAAAGGAAAACAAGCAGAUGGGUUCAUAUUCAGCAUCAGAAAGUGGUGACACAACAUACACAAAGAUCUUCGUUGGAGGGUUGGCUUGGGCCACUCAAACAGAUUCCAUCAAACGCUAUUUUGAGCAGUUUGGCGAUAUUCUUGAAGCUGUUGUUAUUUCUGAUAAACGCACCGGAAGAUCAAAAGGCUAUGGCUUCGUGACAUUUAAGGAUCCAGAUUCAGCAAGAGAAGCUUGUCAAAAUCCUUACCCUGUGAUCGAUGGAAGGAGGACUAAUUGUAAUCUUGCUGCCUUCGGUGCACAAAGAAAUCCUCCGUUCACUCCUCAACGUGAUGUAGGAUUUGGGAAGUCCAGAGAUAAAUCAUCAACAACUAGGGCACCGGCUUCUAGUUCCAUCAAUGGAGUCUCUACAUAUGAUUAUUUCCAUCAACAAAUUCCAGCACAAUAUGCUUUCCCUAACGCCGGUUACGGGUACCCUUAUUAUCCGCAAGACAUGUUUACAGUGAAUUACUACAAUGCGUAUCCUGGUCACUAUGUUUUUGGGUCUCCUAAUGAAGUUUAUUUUGGUUGCUACCCUAUGGUUGCCUUGCAUGGAGAUAGCAGCCCAAGUCAUGUUCAUGCGCCUCAUCAAUAUUAUAGAACUCAAACUGGACCGAAUUACUCAGCUGCUGAAUCAGAGCGUGCAGGGUAUGACCAGAAUUCUGUGGCUUAAUUUUUGUACUAAUUCCUUACAAAAAAAAAAAAAAAACUAGAAGUGGAA